AUGUCACACCUCCGCAAUGUUGACAAUAACAGCAUGGGCAAUAAUGCCACAAUCCAUCUAGGCGAUAAUAUCAACAAUGAGUUCCACUACGUCCAGGAGCGACGAGAAACUCCACUGCGGCCAUUCCCGCUGAUCCCCUUUCGCCGCGAUCCCGAUUUCGUUGACCGUGGAGACAUUCUCAACCAGAUUUCUUUAUGCUGCUUGGAACCGGCCGGUCGAGUUGCGCUCUUGGGUCUUGGUGGUGUUGGCAAAUCGCAGCUGGCUAUCGAAUUCGCACACAGAAUUGCUGGGGAACGCAAUGAUAUUUGGGUAUUCUGGAUCCAUGCAGCUACACAAGCUCGUGUUGAAGAAGGUUUCAGGAACAUUGCCGACGCCGUUAAGUUGGCUGGGCGGGAUCAACCUACAGCUAAUAUACCGCUUCUUGUGCAAAAAUGGCUAUCCAACGAACCCAAUGGCAGAUGGAUCAUCAUCCUUGAUAGCGCCGACAACAGCGAAGUGCUCUAUAGCUCGAAUCGAACUGGCCAUGAUCAGCGAUCAUUAGCAGCUUAUAUCCCCCAAAGUCGAAACGGGUCCAUUGUUCUUACAACGCGCAGCAGAGACCUUGCUUCUAAACUCACUGGAGGCUACAAGAACAUAAUUGACGUUGGCCCAAUGACAGAGGCGGAUGCGGUUGCUCUCCUGAAGAAGAAGACGGGAUCGCCUGUGGAUAUAUGCUUGGCAAAAGAUUUGGUGAGGGCACUGGAGUGUAUACCGCUGGCUGUUAGCCAGGCUGCAGCCUAUAUACAAGCGAGGAAACCGCGGAGCUCGAUUGAGAAAUACCUCGUUGAGUUUCGAAAGAGUGAGCGAGAAAGCAUGAGACUUUUAAAGUACGAAGCAACCGAUAUAGGACGGGACGGAGAGGCGUCGAACGCGGUCCUGAAAACAUGGACAAUAUCAUUCGAAUACAUUCGCUCUCACCAACGUUCUGCAGCCGAUCUUCUAUCGCUCAUGAGUUUCUUCGAUCGACAAAGCAUUCCCGAAUGGGUGCUUAAAAAGACUCCAGAUAAGACUGAAGACUCAAAAUGCGAAGCUGGCGACGAUUCAAACUCGGAAUCCGAGACAAGAGACGACCCAGAUAGCGACACUGAUAUCAAGUUUGAAGAAGACAUAUCAACUCUAAGGAACUACUGCCUGAUUGCUGAGAAUGAGGAAGGAAAUAAGUUUGAGAUGCACAGACUCGUGCAACUCUCAAUUAAAAAUUGGCUGAAAACGUGCGGAUUGCAAGAGACGUUCAUGCACCAGUAUAUCAAGCAGAUGGCAGCGUCAUUCCCAAGAGCAAAAUAUGAGAACUGGGCCAUUUGUCAGGAGCUUUUUGCACACGUUCAGGUGGCCCUCGACUACCGACCGAAUGAGGAUACAACAGAAAACUGGGCGACUCUCUGUUAUCGUGGGGGAGAUUAUGCGCGUUUCCAGGGGAGAUAUAAUAUCGCAGAGCGCAUGGCGGCCAAAGCGAAGAAAGCCUAUGAGAAGAAGUUCGGAAAGGAUCAUGAUUCAACUCUAACUUGCAUGUCGUUAUUGGCAUCAACAUAUAGGAGACAAGGCCGAUUUGAUGAAGCUGAGAAGCUAGAGGUGCAACUAGUGGAGACUAGCAAGACUAAGCUUGGAGCCGACCAUCCAGAUACACUCACAAGCAUACACAACCUUGCAUCAACAUAUAGGCGACAGGGCCGAUGGGAUGAAGCCGAGAAGCUAGGAGUGCAAUUAGUGGAGGUUAGCAAGACUAAGCUUGGAGCCGACCAUCCAGAUACGCUUACGAGCAUAAACAACCUUGCAUUAACAUAUUGGCAACAGGGCCGAUGGAAUAAAGCCGAGAAGCUACAGGUGCAAGUAUUAGAGACUCGCAAGGCCAAGCUUGGAGCCGACCAUCCAAAUACACUUAGAAGCAUGAAAAACCUUGCAUCAACAUAUAGGCGACAGGGCCGAUGGGAUGAAGCUGAGAAGCUAGAGGUGCAAGUAUUAGAGACUCGCAAGGCUAAGCUUGGAGCCGAUCAUCCAUCUACCUUAUCAAGCAUGCACAACCUUGCAUCAACAUAUUGGAAUCAAGGCCGAUGGGAUGAAGCUGAGAAGCUAGAGGUGCAAGUAUUAGAGACUCGCAAGGCCAAGCUUGGAGCCGAUCAUCCAUCUACCUUAUCAAGCAUGAACAACCUUGCAUCAACAUAUUGGAAUCAAGGCCGAUGGGAUGAAGCUGAGAAGCUAGAGGUGCAAGUAUUAGAGACUCGCAAGGCCAAGCUUGGAGCCGACCAUCCAGAUACAAUUAGAAGCAUGAGCAAUCUGGCAUAUACCUGGAAGGACCAAGGCCGACAUGAAGAUGCUCUGGCGCUAAUGAAAGACUGUCUCCAGGCUCGUCAGCGAGUUCUUGGCUUGCAGCAUCCAGAUACCUUGAUUUCUUUGCGUGCUGUGAAAGAAUGGGAAAAUGAUGGUCAAUAA